AACUCGUCAAUCAGCACAGUUAAUAAAAUACUUUUUACUUUACCAACUUUUUCACAGGAUUGGAUUGAAUUCCAUUCUGACAAGGAUUUUAUAAAGCAAGUUUUGUACCUGAAUAUGUAUUCCGUGGCGUGCAGUCAGUUUAAGUAAUUCGUGUGGGUGCUGUGAUACGUGAUGUAUUCUUAAUCUGAACCGAGUUAUGUAACCAAAACUAGAGUUGGUCGUAUGUAUGUAACCGAAAGCAGAAUUCUUAUGUAAACCAGUUCACUGCAAUCUUUGUUAAGGUCAAGUUAUUCUAUUGUUUUCUUUCGUUGUCAGUUUGUGCGUGAUGGUGGAAAUUGGAAAAAUUUUGCGAAAAUAGGAUCAAAUUUAAAUAGUUUGGAGUUCAGGACCUUACACAACAUUUGCAUAAGUGCCUUUAAAUUAGUACAGAUACCAUUGGAUCAUGGACAACAGGGGGUUCACUGGGAGUAAUGGGGACAUGUAUAGGGGAGCUGGGGACGAAGCAGAACCACGUGGAGUGCGAAAUGGUCGAGAUAAAGGGAACCAUGCAGUGUUGGAACUGCAUGAAAAUCAUAAUAACCACAACACGACGACGGCGUCGGUGGUAUCGGAGAAGAUGGAGUUAGAAAACCCGUUGUUAUACGCGAUGGAUGAUAAGCCACCUUGGUACAUGUGCUUAACGCUGGGAUUGCAGCAUUAUUUGGAAAUGAUUGGCGCUACGGUUGCGUGUCCGGUCAUCCUGGCGCCGGCUCUUUGCAUGCUGGACGACGACCCCGAUAAGGCCAACAUCAUUUCCACCCUCGUCUUCAUGUCGGGGAUUAUCACCAUUUUCCAAACCACGCUGGGUACCCGGCUCCCAAUUGUGCAGGGUGGCUCGUUCUCCUACCUGUUACCCUCCCUCGCCAUCAUGAACCUCCCCCAGUGGAAGUGUCCAGACGACGCGGUCAUCAGCGGGAUGGGGGACGACGAGCGCCGCGAGUUGUGGCAAGUCAGAAUGCGCGAAAUCCAAGGCGCCAUCAUUUUCGCGGCCUUGUUCGAAAUGAUCUUCGCUUUUACGGGUGUAAUUGGAUAUUUGACGAAAUUUAUAACGCCGCUUACCGUAGCGCCAGCAAUUGGGAUGAUUGGGCUGUCAUUGUUUAAAAAUGUGACGGUGCAAAUGGGAAAAAAUCCUGCGGUUGGAUUCGCCAUGUUGGGACUCUUGAUACUGUUUUCGCAACACUUAAAAGAAAUCAAGGUGUGGUUACCGUUCGGGAAAAGGGAUGCUGAAGGACGACGUAAAAAGUUCCCGUUAUUCCAAGUUUAUCCAGUCCUCCUCGCCCUAAUUCUUGUUUGGGGUGUGACUGCAAUUCUCACCGUUAGCGACGCUCUUCCCAAAGGUGACCCUGCGAGGACGGAUUACAAAAUUAAAAUCCUGGACCAAGCCCCUUGGUUUAGGGUUCCGUACCCCUUUCAAUGGGGCUGGCCGACGGUGUCAAUUGGUGCUGUGAUUGGCGUCCUGUGCGGCGUGAUGACUUCGACAAUCGAGUCCAUUGGAGAUUACUAUGCUUGCGCAAUUGUGGCGAAAGCCUCAGUUCCUCCCGCGCACGCGAUCAAUCGCGGGAUAUUCAUGGAAGGCUUGGGCUGUGUUUUGAGCGGAUUUUGGGGCUCGGGUAAUGGAUCGACCUCCUACGCCAUGAAUAUUGGCACCAUCGGGAUUACGAAGGUGGCUUCACGUCGCGUCAUUGUGACCGCUGGAGCAAUCAUGAUUCUUUUCGGGAUGGUGGGAAAAGUGGGGGCGCUUUUUAUUUCAAUUCCAGACCCGAUUUUGGGGGGUUUAUUUUGCUACACGUUCCCCCUCGUGGUCGCCGUCGCGAUCGGAACGCUGUCCGAAAUUUGCUUGGAAUCAAGUAGAAAUAUUUUCAUCGUGGCGUUCGCAAUUUUUGGGGGAUUGGCAGUCUCAGAAUGGGCUCAAGCAAAUCCGACUGCAAUUCAGACUGGUUCGGCCGAUAUGGAUAGUAUAUUCCAGAUUUUAUUAAGCACCGGAAUGUUUGUCGGAGGUAUUACUGGAUUCAUUUUAGAUAACACCGUUCCUGGCUCUGACGCUGAACGUGGCUUAGCUAGGCGGAAAUUGGCUGAGGAAGCCGCCACGAUAAGUGGUGACCCCACGUAUGACAUCCCACUCGUCAUGGGGUACAUUAACAAGGCAAAAUGGAUGACUCUACUCCCAAUUUCUCCGACUUAUGACCCCACAAGGUUAUCUAGCAUUUGGGGACAGAUUUUCGGAAAGCGAUGUGCCGGUGGGGAAGCUAGAGAAGAAUAAGUAUAAUAAACAAUUUGAAAAAGUAUGUGAUAUGUAAAAUAUUUUGUGUUGGUUAAGCAUGGGUUUAUGUAUUUUAUUACAAAAAUGACAUUGAAAUAAAGUUUUUGAUUUAAUUUUGAGGUUUAA